AUGGCAGAUGAACAUACCCUAUCUUACUUUUCAAUAUUUACCUUACCCAACGAAUUGAUCGUUUACUUAUUUCGCUUUCUUCAUGGAGUCGAUUUAGCCAGAUUAUGCAUGGUUUGUCGUUGGUUAAAUCAUUUUAUAGCUCAUGACGAAGUUACAUGGAAGCAGACAAUCCAUGCUGAAUUAACGACUAGUCCACUUAUGUUAAUCCAUGAAACCCAUAAAGACUUUUACAAACGAGCAUAUUUAGGAUUAUACCGAUAUGUAACUGCUUUGGUAAUACCGCCAUUAGUCAAAGAAUUCAACAACAGAGCUAAAAAUGCCGAUCAUCAUGUAAGAAACUCAUAUUUUAUUGAAAAAAAUUACUCGUAUGGUCAUUAUCUAAAUGAAUAUGCACUACUGCACAAUACCUCGAUAAUGGAUGAUCCUGAUCGAUCACUUCGUUUGUACUGUUAUUUAUGUGCUGCAUCUAAACAUGGCUACGAAGUUUGGGCUACCAAAUUGUGCCAGCAAGGAGCUAAAUUAACAGAAAGCAAUAUCAGUAUCAAAGAUUGGGUAAUAUACGAUUGGUCAUUUUGCCCAUUAGGCUUCGCUACGUAUGAAAAUAAUGUUGAAAUGGUUAAAACACUCAUUAAAUUAGGAAUUCGUUAUCAAUCACCAGAUCCACAAUAUGUAUUACAAAUUGAUAAUAAUCUUAGUAUUGAUUCACCAGUCCAGAUAGCUGCUUUAGUUGCUUUGCGAGGUAUUAUUUGCAAAGUAUUGGUAAGCAUACGUGAUGAAGCUUACCUGUUAAAGGUGUUUUUAAAGUCUUUAAGUUUACCUUCUUACUAUCAAGCUGUUUUUCAAGGUGAUCUCCAUGAAUUGAAUAGACUAACAAGGGAUAGUCAGGUCGAUCUUGAUACAUUCGAUGAUUAUUAUAUGACAGCUUUAUCAUUUUCCAUAUUAAUAGGUCGCGAAGAUGUUGCUCGCUACAUUUACAAAUUGAAAAAGAACGUUUUAAUUGGUAAUUGUAUAGCUGAUUUUGUCGGAGUUGCAUUAGCAGAUAUUGAAUUCAAAGUGUUGGAAAUUAUACGAGAACACGAUUUCGAUUGUUAUAAAGCUGUUGUAUUUAAUAUAUUUGCAGAUGAGAAAUAUUUUACUGCUAGUAGUCACAAAGAUGUAUUGCAAAUCAUUUUAUCAGAUUUAAAUGAUGAGAACAUAUUUUACGAAGCCUGUCAGAGUGCAAUCACUUCUCAAAAUAGUCGCAUAGCCUUACUAUUAUUAUCAGACUUGCCAAAAUUAUUACAAUUACGUAUGAAUUCAGUCAAUGAUGAGCAAGAAUUAUUACGACAAAUUGUCUCCACAAGAAAGAAUGUGAUUGCUAAUUAUGGGAAAGAGUUAAUAUUACAUGCAGCAGCAUUCAGGCAAGGUCAUUGCAUUCGAGUAUUAAUUACCAAUGGCGCUCCAUUAUUGGAGGUUAUAGAUGAGGUAACAGAAUAUUCAUGUCAAUAUUUGGGUUCUUUCAUCGAAAUACCAAACUACUUUGUUAUUGCAAGUAAUAGCAAGUACAAACUACUACAUCAGUUUCUAUGGCAAUUAAGUAAUGCAAAUUUUGACGUUAAUGCAAUAAUUGAAACGUUACAAUUUUAUACUUUUGCAAAAGAAAUUGCAGAUCUACCUAUUUGUCAGACCACAAAACAAGCUCUUAAUAAAAUUUUACCCCAAAUAAUAUUGCGCAUUAUGCAUUGCGAUUGGAGAAAAGCCAUCUUGAUGGAUAGCCAAUUACAGACACGACUCGAUAAAAUCAGCUAUACACUGCUUGAAAAUUUGAUGUUUCUUAGUCAAAAUUAUGAUGUAAAUGCUCGUCAUAGAUGCAAUAUUCAUCCUGGAGACACAGCAUUAUUCAUUGCAGCUAGAUCUGGAAAUGUAGCUUGGAUACAACUUUUUCUUCAAGCAGGUGCUGAUAGGCAAAUUAAGAAUUAUUGCCAGGAAAAACUAAUUCAUUGCAUUGGAAAACCAUCUAAAGAGUGUAUGCAUUUGAUAAAAAAUUACAAUUCAUGUCCAUUACCAUCAAAGCCGUAUUAA